AUGAAGUUCCUCACCGGCUCCAUCCUGGCUUUGGCCACCGUCGUCAGCGGCAUUUCCGUCGAUCUCAACAAGCGUGACACUCCUCUGGACGUCAAGCUCGAGAUGGUCGGCAACUCUGAGGUCAAGGCCACCCUGACCAACAACGGCGAUUCUGCCCUCAAGCUCUUCAAGGUCGGCAGCAUUCUUGACAAGACGGCUGUGGAGAAGACCGAGGUCAACUCGGCUGAGUCCCGCGUUGCCUUUGACGGCAUCCGCCUCCGCAUGGCCACCUCCAACCUGUCCGAGGAUGCGUUCCAGAGCAUCGCGGCCGGCGAGAGCGUCGAGGUCCAGUUCGACAUCGCCGAGGCGCACGACCUCUCUUCGGGCGGUGCUUUCGACAUCCUCUCCUCGGGCGCCAUCUCGUACGCCGCCGACGGCACCACCGACAUUGCCGGCGCGGUGCCCUACAUCAGCAACAAGAUCUCGACCACCGUCGACGGCGCCCAGGCCGCGGCUGCCCGCGAGAGCUUCGUCAAGCGCAUCGCCGUCAACGCCGACUGCACGGGCACGCGCCGCACCGCAACGGUCAACGCCGUGUCCGGGUGCCGCAGCCUGGCGCUGGCUGCGCAGUCGGCCGCGUCGUCGGGCUCGGCCAGCAAGUUCCAGGAGUACUUCAAGUCGACGGCGUCGGCGACGCGCAGCCAGGUGGCGGCCAUCUUCGGGCGCGUGGCCUCCGAGUGCGGCAGCACCACGUCGGGCGUGGCCGACUACUACUGCACCGACGUCUACGGCAACGGCUGCCAGAGCGGCGUGCUGGCCUACACCCUGCCCAGCAGCAGCUACAUGGUCAACUGCCCGCUGUUCUUCUCCGGCCUCCCCGCCACGAGCAGGACCUGCCACGCCCAGGACCAGCAGACCACCACCCUGCACGAGAUGACCCACUUGACCGAGAUUGCCGGCACCACCGAUCAGAACGGCGCCUACGGCUAUGCGGCUGUCCAGGCCUUGACCGCGGCUCAGAACUUGAGGCACGCGGAUACUUACACUCUUUAUGCUCAGGCUAUCUAUGCUGGCUGCUAA